GUAUGCUCGCAGUUUAUCUGUGAGCCCAGAGCCGAGCGCACCGGGCACGAUAGUAGUAUAUAAUUUUUCUUGCGCAUUUUCGGACUCUCCCAUUCAAAGUUGCGGCCACAAUUGAAUACUUCUCACAUCCAACCAUUCAGUUGCUCUUGUGUCGCCAAAGUGUUUGUCACGCCGACACGUUUCCUUACGGAAUAAACUUCAUGAACUUCCUCACGCUUGAAGAUCACUGGUGAUCGCGGUGUCUCAAGCGGAUUUAUGUGUUUGCUUACUGUGUUUCUGUUUUGUGCUGACUUAUGGACAAGUAAUUAAAAAAAAAAAUAUAAAGACAAAUAAAGUUUUUUUUUUGUGAAUUAACAUUUUUCGUGUGAGGUGGUGUAAUUUAUUGGCAGAUAUUAGUUGAACUAAUCGCUGGAAUACAAGGAAAAAAAAACACGAGUGCAUAAGAGAAUAAAUGGUGUGUGAAAAUUCGUACAUUGCUGAGUAAAAUUUAAUAAAACUCCCCAUAAGUGAAAAAGGAGAGAAACAGUGAGAGACACCCAUAAAAUAUAAUCAUAUAUUUAAUAAAUUAAGUGUGUGAGUUGUAAUUUAUAUUUUGCUAAAAUGAUCAUAACACAUCAAAUUAUUUCUACGCUAUCGACACUCAUGGCCUUCACAACAUUCAUCGGAAGCACAUGGGGCAUAAGAGUUGACUGGAACACAAAUACGGGGCCCAUUGUACCGCCAACCACUACAAAACGUCCCGUACCGCAGUAUCCUUAUCGAAAUCCAGCUCCUGUGUGGGAGGAUCAGUCCAACGAUGUCCCUAAUCCGAAUCCCUACGUGUACGUUCUCCCACCGCCAUCGAGACCUCGCUACAAUAACAACACCUACCAGCAGCGGUCAACAGAAAGGCCUCAGGGGACAACGCAGGCUCCCAACUACGGUACCAUCUUAAGUCCACAUCACAAUGAAAUUUCCCGUGAUGAUCAGUAUGUGAAGCCAGUGGCGCACUUGGCUGUUCAAUAUGUGCCAAAUGUCGGUUUCAAGUACUACGCCGUGAUUGCCUACAAUCCCUACGUGAAGCAAUCAAAGAACAUUUAUGACAAACCGAAUGGGAAGUACAAUGCCAAGCUGAAGAAGUACAAAGCCUACGACGAGAAGGCAAAAUUCACACCUUAUCUCAUGUACAUUCCAGUGCCACCACCGCAGCAGCAGCAGGUCCCUCCCUAUGGCUUCGUGAGCCAGAAGGCUCAAGUUAGCAAAUCCUAAAAUUGCCAGAAAUUGUGACUGAUUGUUAGUUUUGCGAAUUAAAUGGCGCGAAACAGCACAGAUUUACCAACGAUCCGACCACUCUUUCACUCACAAAAUACUUAAACCCCCCCUCUUGGAGCAUAGAGGGGAUCUCUCGACAUAAAAAAGAACAUCUAUUAUUAUGAAAACACUGUGUAAAUAAAAUUAUGAUGUAAAAUUGA